AUGUCUAUGGUCCUUGCAAGCUACCUCCUUUGUGCCAUUUUCUUCCUAGUACUCCUGAGAAUCCUCAGGAGGAAAUUUCCAGUGUACUCAAAACCAAACCUGCCACCUGGCUCAAUGGGUUGGCCUUUCCUGGGAGAAACCCUACAACUGUACUCUCACCACCCUGAUUCCUUCUUUGCCACCAGACAAGCCAGGUAUGGAGAGAUAUUCAAGACACACAUUCUUGGGUGUCCAUGUGUGAUGCUGGCUAGUCCUGAUGCCAUAAGGUUUGUGUUGGUGGCACAUUCAAGCUUGUUCAAGCCAACUUACCCUCCAAGCAAAGAGAGGCUGAUUGGCCCAUCAGCUCUGUUCUUCCACCAAGGUGCAUACCAUUCUCAGAUCAAGAAACUGGUUCAGGAAUCACUGUCCCUUGAUGUCAUCAGGCACAUGGUUCCUCAGAUAGAUUCCAUUGCUGUCUCUGCUUUGGAGUCCUGGUCCUCUGCUGGAAUUGUCAGCACAUUUCACCAAAUGAAGGAGUUCACUUUUGAUGUUGCUGUUUCUUCCAUCUUUGGUCACUUGGGUGCUUGCCACAAGGAGAAGCUGAAGAGGAAUUACUUUGUCCUGGACAGAGGCUACAAUUGCUUUCCACUCAAUUUUCCAGGGAGUCUGUACAGGAAAUCAGUAAUGGCGAGGGAAGCACUGAGCAACAUAAUCAGGGACAUAGUGCAACAAAGAAAGGAGGAGACGACGAUGCAGAAGAGAGAUCUGUUAGGAUACAUGUUGAACUUCAGGGGACAAGAAAAGGGUGAACCUUUGACAGAGAACCAGAUCUCCGACAACAUAAUUGGAGUUCUGUUUGCAGCUCAGGACACCACCGCCAGCCUCCUGACAUGGAUUCUCAAGUACCUCCACGACAACUCGGACGUCCUCGAAUUAGUUCGGGCAGAGCAGGCAGCAAUCUACAGGGCAAAUGAAGAAGGGAAGCAGCCAUUGACGUGGGCACAGACAAGAAAGAUGGUGGUCACCAACAGGGUGAUCAUGGAGAGCAUGAGGAUGGCUAGCAUAAUAUCGUUCACUUUCAGGGAAGCUGUUGCAGAUGUUGAAUACAAAGGAUUCUUAAUCCCAAAAGGUUGGAAGGUACUUCCAUUGUUUCGCAGCCUGCACCACAACCCAGAUUUUUUCCCAGAACCUCGACUAUUUGACCCCUCAAGAUUUCAGGCAAGUCCAAGGCCCAACACAUUCGUGCCAUUUGGGAAGGGAGCUCAUUCCUGCCCAGGAAAUGAACUUGCCAAGCUAGAGAUGCUGGUCCUGAUUCAUCACCUCGUCACCAAGUUCAGAUGGAAAGUUGCAGGAGGAGGUGAUGGUGGGUCUUGUAAGAACAAAGAAGUUGAGUACAGGCCAUUCCCAAUUCCACAUGGAGGGCUUCCAGCAAAGUUUUGGAAGGUAGAUAGGGAUUCUCGUGCACCGGCAGGCAGGACGUGA